GCGGGCUACGAUGGCGGCGCGGGCACCUCAUCCCCGCUUUAGCCUCAUUGAGGCGGACUACGACAAGGACCACCGGGCCAAGGCCUUGUCGGAGCAGCAGAGGCCGUUGUGUGUGCUUCGUGGUCGCACGCACCACGUACACAGCUGGAACGAGCGAUACGCGCCGUACAUUCGUCGUGCAGGCUUUCUUGAGAUCGUCCGGGUCUACAACAGUGGACUUCCCACUCUAGACCCUGCAGUUCUUACUGCUUUUGUUGACAGGUGGAGACCAGAGACGCACACCUUCCACACACCUUGUGGAGAAAUGACUAUCACAUUGCAGGAUGUGAAGAUGAUAUUGUGUUUGAGUUUGUCUGGUCAUCCGGUGACUGGGGUCGUCGAUGAGUCUACUUGGCUAGACUUGGUACAGGAGUUUUGUGGCAGGCGGCCAUCAGAUGCUGAAGUUAAAGGCACCAAGAAGACCUCAGGAGUCUCGACGUCUUGGAUUACGCAGAACUUUGGUGCAGGACCACCGCCUGAUGCUCCAGAUCAUGAGGUGGAGAUGUAUGCAAAGGUGUGGUUGUGGCACUUCUUGGGGGGUUUCUUGUUCCCUGAUUCCUCAGGAGACAGCAUCAGCUGGAUUUUCCUGAGGAUCCUUAUGCAGCCACUGGACAACAUUGCCGGCUACAGUUGGGGUACCGCGGUGCUUGCAUGGACAUACCGUCAGCUUUGCCAGGCCUGUCGUCGCCAGUCUUCGAAUGGAAACCUAGGUGGCUGCUCAUAUCUACUUCAGGUUUGGAUUUGGGAGCGUUUUCCAGUUGGAAGGCCCACUAAACCUCCGGGUUUGCCUGUAAAUAGAUAUGUGUCACAACAGUUGUCUAACUACUCCGAGGAAGCUAGUAGGCAACUGUUCCGGAAAAAUCAAAAAGGGCUGCAAGAAGUUAGCGGCUAA